UGUAAGCAGUGACUACAGUCACUGGCAUAAGACUGUAAGUACUUAUGUAUUUAUAUAUCCUGUAUAGCGGAGUGUAGAACAUAAGGUUAACUUUACUUUCAAAUUGAAUUGUUUUCACUGAAAACACACUUAUUUUGUAUUAAAACAAUACUUACUCAUUAUGACGUCUAAAGUUACUUUUAAAAUAACUCUCACUUCUGAUCCAAAACUUCCAUUUAAAGUACUCAGUGUACCAGAUAAUACACCUUUCACUGCUGUAUUAAAAUUUGCUUCUGAAGAGUUCAAAGUAUCACCAGCUACAUCUGCAAUAAUUACAGAUGAUGGAAUAGGUAUCAAUCCACAGCAAACGGCAGGCAAUGUUUUCCUUAAACAUGGUUCAGAACUCAGAUUAAUUCCUAGAGAUCGAGUUGGAUACAGUAGAUGAUUUGCAGAAUUCAUAAUAAAACCACGUUAUAUUGUAAAAUAUUUCACGUAUAAAUUAUUAUCUAAGGUGUUAUAAUUUUCAUUAAUAACUAUAUAUAAUAACUACUUUUUAUAUUAAAUUUGUUGCCUAUAACAGUUAAUAAAAUUAAAUGAAACAUUCCUAAAGUUUUAAGUAUGCUUUUAUAAAUAAUGUUGUUUAUAUAGUAAGGAAUAUUAUCGAUACAUUGAACUUUACACAUAUACAUGUUAAUGAGUUGUAAUAAAUAUAUUAAAAAAUUGCAUUCAUAAUAAAUUAUAAAUAAAAAUUUUAAGCAUGAAUAAUUAUGGGUAAAAUUAUACAACUACACCGAAUAUGUCUUUGAUAAAAAGAUUUAUAAGUGAAAUACAUGUAAGAGGUAUAAGGGCGAUACAAAGGUAUAUUACUACAUGAUAAAGUUAUUUAGCAAUCAGUCAUAGUGCAAUAUUAAACACUAAGAAACUUCUUGUUGCAAUUAAAAUAAUUUCUAUGACUAAAAUUUUUGAAUUACACUUAAAGUAAUUAUAAAUCUAUUGCUUUAAAUGUUUCUGAGAAAUAUUAUAAGUAAAAAUCAGUCUCCCUUCAUUUUACAGUAACUUUAUCAUUCCUUUUUCUAUUAUAUCAUAGAAUAACCAAUAACUGAGCCAUCAAUAACUUUUAAAUAUAUAAUUUCUGUAUAGUGCAAUACACACAUGAAAAAGACGAGACUAACAAAAUAUGCAACAAUGACGUUUCUCAGGUGUAGAAUAUCCGACGGAUGGUUAUUUAGACAUACAAAUGUGAUUCAUAGUGCGGACGAUUAAAUGGCAGUAAUAUUUUCUUUUUAUAGCGAAGUAUUACCUUGUUCCUCUUUGUUUUAGUUUUUACUCCUGUUGUGUAUAAAAAGUUUUGUCGUUAUUUCUGUUCUACUAGAAACCUUAUAUUUCUAAAACAUUAUAAAAAAAGCGUGACGAAUGUAGAGAAAAAUAUACAGCUUUGUCAGUGUAAAGCUUUCAAAAUAUUAAGCCCAUUGGAUAUAAAAAAUUUCAUUUAUGAACAUUUCUCUUCCGUUCUUUUAUUUUUGGCACCUCCUUAAUCUCUUGUAGAAUAAAGAUUUGCUGUUCAUGAUAUGGUAAAAUACAAAAUUGGAAUGUUAUCCUGGAUUGUUGAGUAAACUGAGCAAUAAUGUACUUUCAUCAGUAACUAUGAGGGGUUAGGAUCUGUCGAAUGAGCAAUAGCACCAUAAGAUUCAUUUUUUACAUAUGAUUAAUUAAUCGACAUUCAAAUAUAAAAGUAUAAAGUGUGCGUGAUUUGAUGGUUAAGCUGUAAACUCCACGUUUAUUUAUACAUGUUCAUGUACUAAAAUGAAGGGGAACUGUGGUCGUAUAAAAUUGUUAAUUGCAUAAGUAGGAACACUAUCGUAUUCUGAGUAAUUACAAAAACUAUCAUUAUGGACAGUAUUUUACUCCCUUAGAAAACAGUCUAUCUAAUCAGAGAUUAUAUUUGUGUAAAAUUGUAAAUGAAUAUAUUUCAUAGAAAUAGUAAAUUAUUAUAUAAAAUAGAAAAUCAUUACUACAAUAUUGAUCUUAACUUCUAUACACAUAUUUAUAUGUGUAAUCUAAAAUUUGUCUUAAUCGCCAAUAAACAUGGAAUUUACACUUUAAUCCUUCAAUGACAGAUGAAUAAAAAAAUUCUUUUACUUUAGUAUAUUCAAUGGGUCUUUAGCCGUUUUGUUUCUACAAAUAUUUUGGCGCAAUUGGGAAAGUAUGAAAAUUGAUUUAUUCACUACACACGAGACAAUCGUUGCACUAUUAUUUAAGUUCUGAAAAGUGUUGAACCUAUUAUCUGUAUACUUCGCCGCACAAUUUAAUUAUGUGUAAUUUUCAUUUAUCAUUCAUCUCACCUAAUAUGUGCGUGUAGGUAAAAAUUUCUAUUCUUGAUCGUGAAAAAGGUAUCGUUCACUAAUAUCACACGUAUGGUGGUUACAAUAUUGUAUACACUGAGAUUAUCAUUGAUAAUGCUCUGUUAAAUAAAGAAUGUUACGUGGUAUUGAUAGAUACGUAUUGUAAAAAUCACAUACUUCAUCAAGACUAAUUUUUGUAGACACUGUCACUGCAGUAGAAAGGAGCAAUGCUUGUUGAGCAAUGUUAACAACUAUUAAAUUCGUCUUUUUCUCAAAUUAACUUUACAUUAAGAAAUAAAUAAAAAUAACAGUAGCAUAGAAAAUAAA